AAACUUUGACGUUGGACUUCCAGAUGCCAGGUUGUCAGUAAAAUGUCAGCCAACAAGGAAACUAACCUUGUUCAAGCUUAUGUUGAAUUAAAUAAGUUUUGUCAAAGCAGUGACUAUGAAAGAGCCUUAAAAGCUGCGAACAAAAUUAUACAGAUAGCACCAACAGAACAGAAGGCUUUCCACUGCAAAAUAAUAUGCUUCAUUCAACUGCACAACUUUAAGGAUGCUGUAGUAGCUCUCAGCAAUCCAAAAAAUGCAGUAUUAGCAGGCGAUUUACACUUUGAGAAAGCAUAUGCUCAGUAUAGACUCAAUUGUCCCAAAGAGGCCUUACAAACUGUUGAUAGUGCUCCAGAGCUAACACCAGCUUUAAAAGAAUUGAGGGCACAAAUAUUAUAUCGACUAGAGCAAUAUCAAGAUUGCUACAACCUGUACCGUGAUAUUGUGAAGAACACCACUGAUGACUAUGAAGAUGAAAGGAAGGCAAACAUGUCUGCAGUGGUUGCAAACUUGGGAGCCAUUAACCCAAAUGCCGACCUACCACAGUUUGAGGAGACAACAUAUGAAUUGUCAUACAAUGCUGGCACAACCCUGGCUAUGCGUGGGAAGUAUUCUGAAGCCCUGCCCGUAUUGAAGAAAGCUGAACAGUCUUGUUCUGAGAGUGUACUUGAUGAUGGUGGUACUGAGGAAGAGGCGAAAGAAGAAGCUGCUAUUAUCAGAGUGCAACAAGCAUACUGCCUUCAACAGAUCGGCAAGGAGAAGGAAGCAGCCACAUUAUAUCAAAAUGUUUUGAAGGACAAGCCCAGUGAUCAGGCCCUGGUUGCCAUAGCCAGCAACAAUUUGGUUGUCAUCAAUAGGGACACAAAUGUGUUUGAUUCGCGCAAACGUAUGAAGGCGGCAACUCAGGAUGGUUUGGAACAUAAACUCAACUCUAGACAGCGAGCUAGCAUUGUUUACAACCAGGCUAUACUUGCUAUAUUCUCUAAUCAGCCGGACUUCUGCAAGCAGUGCUGCGUGAAGCUAAACCGCGAGUUCAAUGCUGAUAAACGUGCUGUCCUUGUGGAAGCUUCCUCGCUGGUGAAAGAGGGCAAGAGUGCGCAAGCCCUCAACCUACUGCUUAAAGUUGGAGGCACACUCACUCUGGCCGCUGCUCAAGUGUUGUUAGCACAGGGGGAUCGUAAAGCAGCGGUGAAACUUCUAGAAGAAAGUGAAUUCAAAUACCGUCCAGCUGUUGUCGGAGUCCUCUGUACUUUACUCACUGCGGACAAUGAAUACGAGAAAGCUUCUAAACUAUUCACAGAGGUGUAUGAACAUUAUAAGAAUGAUGAAGAAAAGCUGAAAUCGCUCCGUGCGGUGUGGCGCGCGGCCGGCGAGGCGCACAGUCGCGCGGGUGACGCCGCGGCGGCAGCACGCGCGCACGCGGCGCUCGUGCACGCGGCGCCCGGGGACAAGCGCACGCUCGCGAGGCUGGUUAAGGCGAUGCUGCAUGAACCGGAGGAGGCGAAGAAGCUCGCUGCUAAACUGCCUCCUAUUAGUCAGUUGGAGGGUAAAAUCGAUAUAGACGCUUUGGAGUCGUCCAAAUGGAUGAUGGGCGCUAAAGUCGUGAAGAAAACCGUGCAGAGCAAACAAGAGCAAUCGCCUGGAACGCCUGGAUCCGAACUCGGCCAAAAGAAGAAAGCUAAAAGAAAGCGCAAGACUAAACUCCCGCCCAGCGCUGAUCUCUCUAAAGCUCCGGAUCCGGAAAGAUGGCUGCCGAAAUACGAACGCACGGCGUACCGCAAGCGCCGUGGUAUCCGCCGUGACGUCAUCAAAGGCAGCCAGGGGAUGACCACCGCCGCCGUCGACCAAUAUGACAUGAGUAAACAAACUCCAAGUGCGGCUGCGACUACAGCAAAGAGUCCUCGUGUUGAACAAAAAUCCGUCGACAGCGCCUGGCAGAGGAAACAACAGCAGAAGAAGAAGGGCAAAGGCCGCAAAUGGUAGUGCUAGCAAUAAAUGGUUUUACUGGCAA